AUAACACGAUACCAGCCUUUUUCGGCAACAGCACUGAUUACUUUAAGUUGCUAGAUCAGGACGACAACUCGAUACUGAUCGGGGCGCGGAACGCCCUGUACAACAUCAGCCUGGACCGGUUGAUCGAGCAGCCCAGCCAACGGGUCACGUGGACGUCAUCCGAUGCCCACCGGGAGCUGUGCACUCUGAAAGGCAAGGCGGAUCAAGACUGCCAAAACUACAUUCGCGUGUAUGCGCGGUUAGGCGCUAAUAAGAUCAUGCUUUGCGGGACAAAUGCGUACAAACCGCUGUGCCGGUACUAUAAUUUGCUGCCGGGCAACGGUUCAAUUGCGUACGACAACAAUGAGAUGGAAGCCCUCGGGCGGUGUCCAUAUAAUCCGCUGCAUAAUAGCACUUAUGUGUUCACCGAUGGCCAUCUGUACUCGGCCACGGUGGCAGACUUCUCCGGCGCGGAUCCCCUGAUCUACCGCGAACCGCAGCGAACGGAGCAAUACGACAGCAAGCAGCUCAAUCAGCCGGCCUUUGUGAGCGCCGUGGAGCACAAUGGAUAUGUGCUGUUUUUCUUCCGCGAGGUGGCCGUCGAGUACAUGAACUGCGGAAAAGCGAUCUAUUCGCGCGUGAGCCGCGUCUGCAAAAACGAUAAAGGAGGUCCCCAUCCGUUGAAUGACCGAUGGACGUCGUUCCUCAAAGCGCGGCUCAAUUGUUCCAUACCGGGCGAAUAUCCGUUCUAUUUCGACGAGAUCCAAUCGACAACGAACACGAUAAACGGUUUCUACGGAGGCGAUACCAACCAGAUCAUCUACGCAAUCAUGACUACGCCGGAAAAUGCUAUCGGUGGUUCGGCGGUAUGUGCCUUUGCCAUCCAGGACAUUCUGGACGCCUUCGAGGGUUCCUUCAAGUGGCAGCAAAGCAUCAACUCCAACUGGCUCCAGGUGCCGCAGAACCAAGUGCCGGAACCACGGCCGGGAAAGUGCGUUGACGACAGCCGAACCCUACCGAAAGCAUCGGUAAACUUUGUCAAGAUGAACACUUUGAUGGAUUCGUCCGUGCGAUCGCUGCAUUCCCGGCCCGUUUUCACACGCGUCAGCCUGCUGUACCGGCUGUCCGCGAUCACUGUCGAUCCACAGGUGAAAGCGCUGGACGGCAAAACGUACGACGUAAUCUUCGUAGGAACCAACGACGGAAAGGUCAUUAAAUUCGUUAACAUAAUGUCGUCCGACUCGACGGACGAGGUCAAAACAGUUACAAUCAGUGAAACUCAGGCCUUCCCAAUUGGCACCAAAGUGAACGAAAUGACUAUUUCGAAAAAGAGCAAAAAACUUAUCGUCAUAAGCAAUGGGAAGAUAAUUUCGCUGCCACUGAGUAAUUGCAACGAACACGAGUUCAAAUCAUGCCGCAAGUGCCUCGAGCUGCAAGAUCCCUACUGCGCAUGGGACGACGAGAACCGCGAGUGUCGAAACACCGAUGAGCUACACCAAAGUAGCCGAACGAUCGGUCGUUUCUUCCAGCGGUUAGACGGAUCGAACAUAAACGAGAUCUGCAAGAAGUACGAUCAGCGUGACCAACGACAACACAAAGCGGAGGAAAACGACGUCUACAUGAGGGUGGACGGGUCCGGUUCGGCCGAAAAGGAUAAUCCGCUGGAAACGAAGAACAUCGUCAUCAUCCAGGGCACGGUCACCUCCGUGGGCUCGGUCGACAUUGAUAAUGAAAUACCGAAGAGCUCGAUCGAGGGUAGCGUGUUGACGAAUAAAAUUGGAUCCCACCCGUACCACCAUAAAACAGAUACUCUCAUCACAGAAAACGUGUCGAUUGCAUCAAUCAGCUGGCAUUUUGGCAUUGUACUGGUACUAUUUUCCAUCAUAAUUGGUAUUAUUAUCGGUUACUGUAGCACUCAGUGGGCGAUAAAAAAGCAGUCCUUUCACAGCAGUGAACAUCGAAAUCAGCUGAAUUGGCAUCACACCAAGAACUUGAGCAUGCUUUCGCAGAACCGUACCGGCGGGAAAGACGUGAACCUGCUGAUGAACACGAACACGGGCAAUCAGUACCACACGCAGCAGCAGGCAAUUGUUCAGCAGCUGCAGCAACACCACCAGAACAAUAUGAAGGACAACAUCGACUUCGACUUCAAGGAUCGAAGCGUGGAGUGCAAAAACUCGACGGAAAACCUGGAGAAGGACAUCAGCAAAGGCAUGGGCACGCUGCAGAAGACUCCACAGUUGAAGACAUUCAAGCCUUAGAAGAUACAGAGAGAUAGUUGAUGAUGUGAGGAAGAGUAAUAGAGAAAGAGUGUGAUUGAAGUCCCAAGUGCUGCCGCGGAGAGAGUUUUGCCCAGUGCUUGUAACAAGUAGGUAAAAUAACGCUGAACUGCGCGUGACAACUGAGGGA